UCUCGUCAGGGUCUCAGAGAGGAGAUUAUCUUACAAAGCAAGGUAGUAGUCACAACCGGGUUAGAAUGUCUGACCAAAACCACCAAAAUAAUUUCCCAGAGAUGAAGAAAGUUACUUUUGCCAUCUUCGGUUUGGGCCGAGCUGGUACCAUCCACUUCGGCAAUCUCAUACGGAACCAGCGUGCCGUUAUACGGUACAUUGUGGAGGAGAAUCGUGCAAGGGCUGAACAGGUGCUACAGGAACUUCAGUUUGAUAUUGUUAGUAAAGAGUGCCAACUCGUCACUGCUGCAGAAGCUGACAAGGUCUACCAAGAUAAAAGUGUCGAUGCAGUUAUUGUUUGUACACACACGGACUCCCAUAAAGAAAUCGUGCAGAGCUCACUCCAAGCAGGUAAAUCUGUGUUUUGUGAGAAGCCCGUUGCCACCGAGUUGAGUGAUACGAAAGCUUGCUACGACCUCGCUGAGAAAAACGGACAGUUUCUCUUCUGUGCGUUUAAUAGACGUCAAGACCCUUCCAUUCGUGAGCUCCAUAAACGUGUUCGAAGAGGAGAUCUGGGCCAGAUCCAAUCGAUCAAGACUUGCUCAAGAGAUAGCCCCAUUCCAACAAAAGAAUACCUCAAGAUAUCAGGCGGUAUCUUUCACGACUGUGCCGUUCACGACAUCGAUGUAGUCUGUUGGAUUCUUGGCGAGUUCCCUGACGUCGUUUACACGCAGGCACACGCCUUCCACAAGAACGUUGCUGAGCUGGGUGAUGUCGACCAGGUCAACAUAACAAUGAAGUUUGCCAGUGGUAUCAUCGCUACCAUUGACUUAAACAGAGAAGCAUCCUACGGAUACGACCAGCGUAUUGAGGUUUUCGGCUCAAACGGGAUGCUUGAAACGAGAAAUAAUAGCAAGAUAAACCUUGUGGGUCACCUUGGUAAGAAUGGCGCCUCUUCAGAUCCAGUUCCCUUCUCAUUUCCACAGAGAUACGCCGACGCAUACAGGGAGGAACUGGACUAUUUUAUAGACUACGUAUUAGGGCUAGACAAGCACGUGGAGGUAACAAGAACUGAUACUAUAAUGGCGACAAUUAUUGCUGAAACAUGUAUGAUGUCCUACCACAAAGGAAUCCCAAUCAAGUUGAAGGACGUCAUGUAAACACAGAAGAUUGAGGCUUCAGCGGGGGCCGGUGUCUAUGCAAUAAUGUCCUCCGGAUAGUAUUGCAUGCAAUCGUGUGCGCCAGGACGCUGCCGGCAACUGUGUCCGCCCGGGCACACAUUUGCAUAUGCAGUUGUGUCCGCCCCGUGCAAAACCGUGAUUGCAGUAAAUUAAACGCCCUUGGUCAACGGAACACGUUCGCCAUUUUUGUUUUACAAGCUAAGUGUAUGUCAUAAAUGACAUGAGAAAUGUUCGGCCUGUGGGUAUUCGCUGCAAUCAUAAUACGUGAAUAUUCCUACAUAAUUUAUACGUAGCGUGCAUGCACGCUCGUGUACAGUCAUGUACAGUCAUGUAUGUCCGCCGGACGGUUUUUGCAUAGCCCGGACACGGAUUGCAUAUGCAAAAGUGUCCGAAGAGGACAGUAUUGCAUGGCGGACACAAUUGCAUCUGACACCGGCCCUACCGCGGUGCACCGCCACAACUAAGCUUCACCGUCCAUUGCAGUUUUAGAGUUUUAGUACGACCAUUAUUUACAUCUGUAAGUCAUUCUAGGAUACAGUUAGAAAUGUUGACAGCACAUUUGUCACAUCUGUGCAGGGGAAACUAAAAAUGAUACCAUUAAUAAAGAAAAUACAAUUAAAGUCGUUAGAGAUCUUUCAGUUGAACACAAUGUCAAAAUACUCCACCACUGCUUCAAUCAAUUAUACUGCUAUGGACCCUUAAACUUUGUUUUCUUAUAGUUUUUUAAAUUUAUGGAUUAUUUUGGCAGUCUAUUCCAGUAUUUGUUUUUGUAUACAUUUUAUUUAUAAAGGGCCUAUAUUUUAUUUCUCUUUAAGAUGACUUGGAAGUAUUAUUUUCUUAUAAACUUGGAUUCGAUUUCACAGUUUAACGAUGUAUAUUUACUGAUAGAAGGCAAUGUACGUUUGGUAAACAUACUUUGCCUUUGAAGUUUGUUUCCUGUUGUUUUAUUUUCAUUUUGAUUUUAAUGUGUAACUUGUUGUUAAUUGUACUGUGAUUAAAAUUGUUACUUCUUGUAUAAUUUUGUUAUAAUUUUGUUAUUCACAUUUCAAACACCGGUGUGUUG